UUUUCGGACACAACAAGAUUUCUUCCGGUUCGUUGUUGAACUUUGAAGACGAAGGGGUGUGUUCUGCCUGAGCAAGCAUGACUAAUGCUUGGCCGGAUAACAAGCCGGACACAUUAGAGAAUAUAUGUCUCAAUGUGUGUGCCCAGAACCAAGAAACUUUCUGUGUUGAAGAUCCAGAUGGAAAAUUAUCCAUCAAACCUGGAGUGGACAUUCUUCCUGGGGUGGUCGACAGACUUGUGACAGCUCUUCAAAAGGAUGGCAUAUUGGAUUUAAAAUGGAUAAACUUAUUCAGAGACACUUCUUCUACCAGGCUGACUCGAAUUGAUCUGUCAAGAUGCAUUGUCAAGGACACAGAAAUGAACAUUGUCACAGAUCAUCCACUCCAGGAGCUGAUUCUCACAGAUACUGUGUUGUCAAAAAAUACAAUCGAAUGUGUAAACAAACUUUCUCGGACAUUAAGAAUUCUAAAAUACGAGAACAACCCACAGGAGUCAAUGACAGAUUUAACGUUUACAGGUGUUAUCGCAGAGAUGUUGGAAAAUCUACAAAUCAACAUUGUUGGAGAAAAACAGUUUGGAAAAGAUUUUUUUGUAAAUACUCCCAACCUACGGAUUCUCUCUUUACGUGAUUGUUAUUUUAAGGAUUCUUAUCAAAGCUGUUGUCUUAACAUUCUUUUGAACCCUCUAACUAGGUUAACACACCUUGAUCUGUCCAGAAGUGUCCUAGAUGGAGCUCACUUAAAGUGUUUGGAAAACCUUCAUAACCUCAUGUGGCUUAAUUUAAGCCAGAUUAUGUUUAAGUCUGAUGACUUGGAACAUGCUAUAGAUCAUGUUUGCAAAUGCAAAAAUUUGAGGCACUUAGAUAUUUCAUGUGAUUCCAUGGAACACCUUACUGUGAGUCAUUACUACAAUGGAGAGGAAUGCCUUAGAAAGCUCAUGAGUUCUCUCCCUUAUUUGACAUCACUUGAUCUUUCUGGUACAGAUCUUCCGAAGAUUCCACGCAAAGAAGUAUCUCACAAACUUGAGCCAACCACAACAAAAACCUCAGACAAUGAGAGGUGUGGCAUUGCAGGUCUUGAUGGUCGUAUUUUUGAGUUCCUGGGUCUGCUGCACUGCCAGGAUGAUCCUUGUACUGAAGAAAAUCUGCCUGCUAAACAGGUGAGUGGUCAUGCCACUGAGGAACAAGUUUUGAUCUCAAUACAGCGUUACUAUGAUAGGGACAAUGCUCUCACAUCCUCACUGAAUUCCCUCUUCAAAAUCUUCCGUUACUCGGUGGUCAAAAAUCAUUGUGCAGCUUUGGAGGCAAUUUUGCUUGGAAUGAGAGAAAAUCAAGGCGACAAACAAGUUCAAAUUUCUGGCAGUGCCUCUUUGUUUUACAUUGUCAAAGGGCCUCACAAAGACAACAUCACCUACUUACAGAAAAGACGUCUUAUCAGCUGUUUGCUGGAUGCUAUGGAGAAACAACAUGACGAUAUGACUAUGCUGAGAAAUGGCUGUUUGACUAUCUGCAACUUGUCUAUUCCUCAAGAUGUGCUUUUCUGCUACAAACGUCUAGUAAAAGUUCUAAUAGAUCUCCUCCGGAUAUCUGACCAAGAGGAAUUUAUUCAGAGAAUCAGCAUAUACCUUCUGAACUGUCUGGCUUGCCAGGUUGAUGGGGAUGAGAAGAAGACUGUUGGAACUCUUGGUGCCGUGGAGGUGAUGCUAGAUUUGAUAAGAAACAAAUGGCAAAAUCACACCUGUGACGAAGUGUUGGAGGUAGCAUGGAGUACACUCUGGAAUGUCACAGAUGAAACAGCUGACAACUGUCAGAAGUUUAUGAACAAUGGAGGUAUGGACUUGUUCAAGGACUGUUUACAGAGAUUUGUGGAUAAACCUGAACUACUAAGGAACAUGAUGGGUCUGAUGGGAAAUAUUGCUGAGGUGAAAUUUCUACGCCCGAAGUUAAUGGAUCCGGAAUACAUUACAAUGUUCAGUGAUCUCCUUGACUCCAAAAGUGAUGGUAUAGAGGUGAGUUAUAACGCUGCAGGAAUCUUUUCACACCUGAUGUCAGAUGGUCCAGAUGCUUGGACAAUCAGUAAUCCCUCUCGGGACGAAGUUAUUGAUAGACUGACAACUGCGAUAGAGAGGUGGCCUAUCAACUCGAGCCGUAACAUCAAUUACAGAUCCUUCAUGCCAAUCUUUAAGUUGGUGAAAGCCUUUGACACAACUGCAGCUCAACACUGGUCUAUUUGGGCAUUAGCCAAUCUUACUCUGGUUUAUCCUGGUAAGUACUGCAGUUUGCUGAAGAAAGAAGGGGGCAUUGAUUUAUUGGAACAAGUGAUUCAUGACCCUCGACCAACCACUGCAGUUCGAGAUUUAGCAAAACAAGUUUUACUGCAAGUGCAGAACGGAGCAGAUGCAAUGGAGAUGUAUGAUAAUCUGGAACAGGAGGGAGAAGGAGAGGCAGAGGAUGAAAGUCAAGACGAUGAAAGCGAUGUUGACAUGGACGGUUAAUUUGUAGAUGGACAUCAUCAUCAUCAUCAUCAUCAUCAUCAUAUCAUCGUCGUCAUCAUCAUUAUUAUGUAUCAGUUGCUGCCUUUAUUGCUCAAAACAAAACAUAGUGUGUGUUUUGUCCAGCUUGGUCUACAGUUUCUGUAAAGUUUUGGUUUAAAAGUUGGAGGUUUUAUUAUCGUCUUGUAUUGCAGUGAUAGCUUCUAUCAUGGUAAUAUAUAUUUCACAUAGUUAUUGCCUCUUUUUCAUUUGAUUUAAUUCAAGUCUAAGUUGAUCAAAGUUGAUUAGGCGUGAGUAUAGAUAGUGAAAACAAGCAGAUGUAGAUAUCUACCAUUAAAAUGCUAGUCACACAUUUCUUGUCGUUGGUUGCUGAUAAUUUUAGGAGGAAUAAUGGUUAUCUCCCCUCCUUCAGCUAAGCAUAUAGCUAUAGUAAACAUGAUGGACAGGAUUUUCAUAUAAAAACAUAUAAAAGCUGGUCAGAGUAUAUGAACAAAGACUUGGUAUUCACCAAGAUAUAUCAAUGCUAUUAGCUCAGAAUGCAUUAAAUCCUGACAGGGAACACAAGGCUGUAUAACCUGCCAAAGGCCUUAUUACAUACAGAUUAUCAGUUGUAUGUACUUGAAGUCCGGUGUGUUUAAUAAUAUCACCAUUAACUUCAUUAAAUUGUUGGUAUUUUGAUUCACUAUCACAUGGAAAUAUUGAAUAAUUACAGAAAGAAUCCUUUUUUUUCUAUUGACAUGAAAAAAUCCACUGGAUGUCUCUGGCCCAGCUUAACCAUUGUCAAAGUUUACUACCAGAAUUUCAUGAAACAAAAAAAAUAUAUAUAUAAUUCUUUGCAACAACUUGCACCUUAUAUUUUGAAAUAUGGGUGGGGUGUGUGUGUGUUAAUAGGUGUAUCUUUUUUGUGCGCUAUAAAGUAAGAAAUGAAGAUAAAAGCCAAUUAUCAGGUCAACUUGAUAAAAUAAAUGAAAUACUACUUGAAACAUUUAUUUAAUAAUUACAUUGCUGUAGAACUACAGUAACAAUACUCUAUUUAACAGAUUCCCUACAGUUUAGUCUCUCUACAUUAUUAAGGAAUUAGGAAAUUUAACUGCAAGCAUUUACUUAUAAAACAGCUUUAAUUUCACAAAUUUCUAAGCUUAUGAAUGUCCUGUCAACAGAUUGAGAUAGAAAUUUAAAUAAUCCAAAACAGGGCUAGAAACAACAAAUUUUGCUUUUCUCCUAGGAUACUACCAUUUUCCAUGAGAAUUGCAAGUAUCCAUGGACACCCUGUCUGCUUCAGACUUCACAAGGUGUUUUUCAGCACUGUGUGAUACUGUAAAAUUAUAUAGAGAAAACAUGGUCAGGGUCUUACAAUAUCAGCUGUUUUUAUGGCGAACCACUUUUGUCAUUGUUUCCAGGGCCCAACCUUGAUACUUUAGGGGUUACAAUCACUUUUGCUCUCUGCACCCCUGGAACAUGUCAUGGCAAAACUGAGGAUUCCAUGUGGUACUCGAAGUCGAAUAACAGUGUAUUGUAAUGGCUUUGAAGUUAUGUGUUGCUCCUUUGUAACCUUCAAACAGAGCAUAUCAGUGUGUGAUUGGCCAGUUAUUUUGUCCUAGAACAAAUCCAAUCACUUUUCUUGUGCCAUUAAUUUUGCCAUGACAUGUUCCAGGUGUGCAGAGACCAAAAGUGAUUGUAACCCCUGGAGUGUUGAAGUUGUCUGGAGCCAAAAUGUAGCUUAUAUUUUAAAUCAUUGACCUUGUAUUCUAUUUAUCUUGCAACACUGAUUGAGAAUCAGGCUAUGGAAACUUCAACAGUUUUUUGUUCAAUCUGUAUUUACCUGAUGUAGACAUUACAUUGAAUUUUACCUGGUGACAUAUGCCAAAAUAAUUCCUUGGCACAGAAAUAUAGUUCCAAAGCUAAACAGACAUUUUAUAAAUUUUAAUAAAUCAACUUGUUCAUUAAGAAAUGUAAAAAUGACAACUGUUGAUAUUUCUAAACGUAAUUGUCAAGUAAAUUCAGAGAGUAAUUCUGUUGAAUUAAUGCACAUGCUAGAAUACAGUUGUUUUCCAUCACUGUUGAAUAUAGCAAAAACAUGUGUCGCAAGUGUAUUCCAACAAUGGCAGCCGAAGUUGGAGUAUAAACACUUUUUUAUUCAUGUAUUUUAGGCUGCAAUUGUCUUUUUCUGUCAUGAACUAUUUAAACAUCAAAUUUGAAGUGUUUACAUAAUUUCAAACAAACUGUGGUGUGUGUGUAUUAGCUGAAUUUGUUCAAUUAUGUGAUUACUCUUGAGUUAGAAGCUAUAUUUCAACAAUGUAGGCACUUGAGGAAAUUUGUUUCCCUGGAUAUAACUUUCUUCUAUCUAUAAAUGAUUCAUGUUUUCAAGCUCUGUAUUCAUGAGAAUUAGUCAUUGUUUUUGUUAAGUAAAUCCGACUUCUCAAAGUUUUCUUUGCCAGAUAAAUUUAUUUUCAUAUAUAUAUUGCAUAUUAUCACCACUUUUUGUGUUACAUCAUGGUGUCUGACAUCAUUGAUCAACAUUUUCUUUGUGCUAUGUAACAAUUUCAUGUAAGUAUUUUAAAAAGGAUGAUGUCAUGUGUUAUGUCCCAAGAACAUUGCACAGAAUUUCUUAUCCCCAAAAGAUCCAAGAUAAAUAUAUGAACUUUCCCAUAAUUAAUUAGUUCAGUUUUCACUGGAUUUAUUCUACAGCAAUUUCAGAUUUUUUCACAAUAUAUAGUAAUUACCAGUGCUAAUCACUCUUGUUGGCUCUGUUAGAAGCAUACACAGGGUCUUAUGGUGUGAGGAAACCAGUGGAAACCCCACGAGGAUAGGCAGGUAACCCUAUACCAUUUUACAACUGUUCUGAGAUUUGAACCAUGAACACCUAGGUGAAAGACAAGUGUAUGCACUGCACCACCUUAUCACCUUCAAAAUUGUAAAACAUUUUGUGUAUUUUUUGGUCGUUUUGAAACUCUAUUUGAAUUUGCAACUUUAAAUUGACAAAUAUUAUCUGCCAUCUUUGUAGAAAAGCUUCUAUUUGUUUAUUGAGAGAUAACCUUUUCAUUAAAGAAUUUUAUUUGAUUUUUAGAUUUAUAAGGGAAAUGCAAUCAAGUGCAUCAACAGUGUUUUUUUCAGUUCUUGACUGAUUCUGUUUUCUUUUUAUCACCAAAUACAUGAGUUAUCCUGAAAUUUAAUUUUGAACUAAACAUUGAUGUGAUUUAUGUGUACCAUAUCUUUUCUGCAAUAACCCCUUUGUGCCAACAUACAAAUUCUGUUAAAAUAUGUUCAAAAGAUCUCUGAUUGAAAGACAAUGAAAUAACAUUUCAUUGUAAUCCUACUGAACAGCAAUAUAUGAGAAGACUUAUUACCAGGCAUGUGCUUAUUAUCAAGCAUGGGCUUGUUACAGGAUAAAUAUGGUACAUAUCAUAAUUUUUGGUAUCUUUCUUGCAAAGUGAAAAAGAUUUACCAAUAAAUUGAAUAUUGUGCUGUUUCACUGCAUGCAUCGUUCACGCAGGCAUACAAUUGUAAAUAUCAAUAGCUCAGUUGGUAGAACUGGAAUACAUGCAUCGUUCACGCAGGCAUACAAUUGUAAAUAUCAAUAGCUCAGUUGGUAGAACUGGAAUACAUGCAUCGUUCACGCAGGCAUACAAUUGUAAAUAUCAAUAGCUCAGUUGGUAGAACUGGAAUACAUAACCUCAGGUGAAGUCCUGAAGUGCAUGGUUACCCAUGUUAAUUUUUGUUUCUUGGAAGCUGAGAAACAAGCGUUUGUGCUGAUGUGGUUGUGCCCUUGGGUAAUACACUUUAUGGUUAUUACUCUGGAGGGCAUGCUAUGGGCCGCCUGUAUGUUGCUCAUUGAGGUAGCAAUCAGCUAUUACAAGCAGACUCUGCCUUAAAAUAACCCUGACUGUUUGCAGGACAAUAACCCAUCAAGCAAUUGACAACAAACCGUAAAAAUAUUUCUGUUUUGUAGUUUGGUUUUGUUAGUGGUGAUUGUGUGAUAUUAGGUGUCCUGAUUAAUAUUUUAACAUGAACAUAUGUUGUAAGUUUUACCUGUAAAUGUGUGUGACGUUGAUUUGAAUAUUUAAAUAUUACUAAGGUGAUUGAUAUUUCUGGCAACAUUUUUCCUACCUAUUUACAUAUCUUAAAAAAACGUUCAUAUAGAACAUAUAGCUAUUAAGUAAUUAUGUGUUGUUAAUUCAUAAUAUGUUUUAAGUUUCUGAAUCUAUCUUAAUGUAAGUUGGUUACGAGAUGAGCAGUGUUGUAAACCUGUUUGAAAAUGUUGUAUUCUAGUUAAAGUUUGAUGUUGAUUGAUUAUGUGUAAAGUGAAUAUAAUUUGUUCAAUCUGAAGUAGUUUUAUAGAUAUAGUAGAUGAUAUUGGUUAAGGUUUUUAAACUAUAGGAUAACAACAUACAUUAUAUAGUUCAUCUUAUUCUACGCUUUGUAGUCAUGGAAAUAUGACAAUAUAAAUAGUUGUAUAGUAUUCCAACAAACUUCUGCGGAAUAUUGUAAACAUGCUUAAUUUGGUGCAAAUUUUAGCACACUUAGCACAAGGAUUUAUUAGCAUGUCCACAAUAAUCGCUAUGUAAUUAACAUAUACAACAAAAAAUGCAGUACGCACAGUAUAGUUCAGCUUGAAAAAUACUAAAAUAAGAUAACUGUUAGAAUUUGUAUGUAUUCAGUAAGGAUGCUGGAUAGUAGUUCUUUUAUAGUUUUUAUUUUUGGUGGAUAGCUUUAUACAUUGAAGGAAAACUACAAUGUUCAAGGUCAUUUCAAAAGUGUUUAAAGGUCACCACAACUGUUAAGCUUACAGUCAGUGUAUAUAGCUCUUAUAUAUUUACAGUUUAGUUAUUUACCACUUUUUUAUGGUCUACUGUGACAAGGUAUCUCAUGUUUAUGAGGCUUAAAUGAAGUUGAUAAAUGUUUUGUUUGGUUUUGUGCUCAAGCAAAACAAGAUCA